AUGGGCAACGACGAUAAACACUUGGCUAAUGUUUUGAAACAGCUUAAAUCCGGUGCAGUUUUAGUUAAACGAAAAAUCGAUGGAAAAAAAUAUUCACGUCGAUUUUUUCUCAGUGAACAUGAAGACUUUAUAACAUAUCAAAAAAAAAAACGUCAUAUUUUUGGUCGACCACAUAUAUAUAAUAUUAACGAUAUUGAUGAAGUUCGAUCUGGUUUUCGUGCUCAAACAUUUGGUCAAUUACUCAAAAAUGGUCGUAUUAAAUCUACGGAUGAAAACCGUGCACUUUCAAUAAUGUAUAAUAAUCAUCGAAAUGAACUUCAUUUAAUGGCAAAUAAUACUCAAACAAGAGAUCUAUGGGCAGAAGGUAUUAAAUAUUUAAUUGAUAGACAUGCACAAAAACAUCAGGGUCAUUUAAUUAGAGAAGAAAAUUAUUUUCGUUCGGCUGAUACGGAUAAAUCUAAUUCAUUAUCUAAACGAGAAUGUCGACGAUUAUUAAGUAAUACUUUAAAUGUUGAAAUGCCCGACAAUAUAUUUGAACAACUUUUUCAAAAAGCAGAUGUAAGCCGAGAAGGUUUAUUAACUCAAGAAGAAUUUGUUUCAUUUUUUCAAUUAUUAACUCAACGUAAAGAUCUUUAUGAAAUUAUGCAAGAACAUACAGAAAAUGGUUCUACACAAUCAAUAGAAAAAAGUCAUAUGAAUAUCAAUGAAUUAUUAACAUUUUUUCAAACAGUUCAAAAUCAAAAAAUUAUAAAACAUACAAAAACUGACGGUGGUGGUGAAAAUAAGAUUACAUGGGAAUAUAUUGAAACAGCAGAUCAAGUGCAGAAACUAAUUGACGAAUUUGAAUUGAAUAAAGAAUUCAGAGAAAAAGGUUUAUUAGGUCUUGAUGGCUUUCGAAAUAUGUUAUUAUCCAGUAAUUUUGAUAUAGCAAAUCCAAUAUAUACCCGUCAGAUAUACCAAAAUAUGACAAGACCAUUAUGUGAUUACUAUAUCAAUACUUCACAUAAUACUUAUUUAUUCUAUGGUCAAUUAUCUGGUGAAAGUAAUCCGGAAGCAUAUAAUCGAGCAUUGUUAACUGGUUGUCGAGCUGUUGAACUUGAUUGUUAUGAUGGUAGUGACGGUCAACCGAUUGUUACUCAUGGUUUUACACUUGUAAAACCUUGUUCAUUCGAAUCAAUUAUUCGUUAUAUGGAACCAAAUCUUUUUAAAACAUCACCAUAUCCAGUUAUUUUAAAUAUUGAAAAUCAUUGUUCACUUACACAACAAGGAGAAAUGGCUCGAAUAUUAAAAGAAAUUCUCGGUGAUCGAUUGGUUUCAAAAGAAACAGCAAAUACACAGUUAAAAACUUUACCAUCACCAGAAGAUUUAAAAUAUAAAGUCGUUGUUCGUGUAAGUUUAUCAUUACUUUUCAUAUUAAACAAAAAAAAGAAAUAUUUUCGUUUAUUUUAA